AUGUCAUCAAACGAGACAAUCAAUGGUCAUAAUGUGCUUCUCAUAAACGGCACAAUCGAGUUGGCCAAAGGCUUCAAUUGUAGCCACAGUUGUGUCUGCUUUUACAUCGAAAGCAAUAAAGACUGGAGUUUUGUUAACAAUUUGAAUGAAUCGUCACUCUAUUGGACAACCCAUAAGUGCCGGACCAAUGGUUCCGAUGUAUCAUUAUUUUCAACACCAUUUCAAAUUGAAAUCAAAUUUACAGAAAUACAAUCAAUCGAUGAUUUACGACCAAUACUUUACAUGAAAGUCUUGUCGUUUGACUACUGGAAUCGUUUGAUUGGUGAAAGUUUUGGUUUUGCCGAACUACCCGUCAAACCCGGAAGACAUAAUCUUGUGGUUAGCACUUGGAAACCAUAUAUUGGCGAUCGAGUGCAGCGAUUGAAAGAGUUUUUCAUCGGUUGUACACCUGUUGUCAAUAAUCUUCAUAAGGAUUUUACUAAUAAAUUGAAUCGUUGUACCAAUAAUUAUGGCUUAGAGUCUCAAUCGAGCGGUUCCCUUGUCGUUGACAUUGAUGUUGUCAUUCAAAACCAAUCCCCUAAAGUGAUGACUAAAGACAAAUAUCACAUCAAAAGUUCUUCAUCACUGGAUUCACUAAAACACAACAUAUUGUCUGUUGUAUUGGCAUUUCAACGGGCAAAGAGACGAAUGGAUUCAAUUAGAUCCGAAUUAAAUGAU